AAGGAAGACAAGCUUGUGGAACUGUGGCAGGAGGAACGUGUACUAUAUGACGUGGCCUGCAGUGUGUAUCACGAUAGAAUUCGAAAGGAUGAUGUUUUACAGCGUAUUGCGCAAGAACUUGAUCUCUCAGUGCAGGAUGUGCAGACUAGAAUGGCUACACUAAGGACGCAGUUUGGAAAGAUCCUUAAAGGAAAACCAAGUGGUAGUGUAUUAACACUGAUGACAUCAAGGCAAAAGUGGAUAUUCCAACACUUGCAAUUCCUGAAGCCAUUUGUUUUACACAGACCAAGUGAAACUAGCUUGGAACCUGAACCUGAUACUGCUGCUGAAGAACAGGAGGAAAUUGAAAUGGAAAAUGAAAUUGCUGUGUCUCCAGAUUUACAGCAGAGUUCCCAGCAGUUCCCUUUUUCAGAUGCAGCUUGUGGAAAUGAUUCGCCUGCCUCCGAAGCUCCUGCCUCUACAGCUCUUGUCACUCCACGACAUUGCUCAGCACAACCAUUGCGUCGUGUGAGGUACAGAUCUAAGACAAAUGACAACAACAUUGAACUACAAAAAAUAGCUAUACUCAGUAAGGUUGCAGAGAAGAUUUCAAACAGAGAGGACAAAGGAGAGUAUUCUUUUGGGAAACAGGUCGCAGAGGAGCUUGGCCGGAUCAAAAACCCCACUCUAGUAUUGCGAUUGAAGCGAUCUAUAAUGUCUCAGAUUUAUGAUGCCCAAGAAAGUGAAUUGUCACCGCAUCCUGUGCAAAGUCACCCAGGCUUCCCAAUGCCUGGAAAUUACUAUUCUCAUCAUUCAACAUACCUUACUUCUCCAUCAUCCUCAGUACCCAAACCAGCACCACCCCCGUUACUUUCCCAGCAAGCAUACUCAUUUUUGCCUCAGCCGGAUGAUACUGGUUGCCGUCAGCUACAGGAUCUUUAGUUUAAUGUUUAUCAUUAUUCUUUUUGUUAUUUAUUUAUUUACUUUGAACUUAAGUUUGAGGGCUAUUCAGUGGAGGGCUAUUCUAUGUUUUUAUUGGAAUUAUUUACAUAUUUUUUCCAACAGUGUUCUGUAGUGGAUUUAUUUGAGAAUGUUUGA